AUGCAGCUGCGUGGUGCUUCAUCUGCCAAGAGCUUGUACCGUAAAAUCCUUGAACCCAAAACCCGAGUCAAUGCAACCACUAAAACCCCAUGCGAUAUCUUUAUUAACCAUCGAGGAAUCGAUACGAAGAAAAAAAUUGCAGGCUUGCUUGAUGAUCAUUUUUACAGGAUGGGGUUAAGGCCCUUCCUGGAUAACAGAAACAUGCAGCCCGGUGACAGAUUAUACGAUGAAAUCAAUCCUGCGAUUCGUAAUUGUAAAAUCGGCGUGGCAGUCUUUUCUCCCAAUUAUUGCGAUUCACACUUUUGCCUCCACGAGCUCGCCCUUCUUAUAGAGAAUAAGAAAAGGGUUAUACCGAUAUUUUGCGAUGUGAAACCAUCUCAGCUUCGGGUUAUGGAUUACGGGAUGAGUUCGGCCAAGGAGCUGGAAAGGUUUAGCUGGGCUCUCGAGGAAGCAAAGCACACUGUUGGACUCACAUUUGACACUUUGACAGGGGACUGGUCGCAUUUCUUGAAUACUGCAACCGAUGCCGUCAUUAAGAAUUUGGCGAAGUUGGAAGCUGGAAAUUCAAGCAAGAGUUGUGCAGCGUCGUCGUGA